ACCAAUAGCUGUUUCUUUGGCUGUGUUGUUUUUCCUGGCUGGUUGUCUGUGGCACAGGAGGAACGCUAGCUAGCAUUCUGUUAAAAUUCGGCUAACGUACGCCUGUGAUUAUCUGAUCGAAGUAAUGAAUUUACUACCAUCAAAUGCACAUGGGAACGGACUCUUGUACGCGGGAUUCAACCAGGAUCAUGGAUGCUUUGCUUGCGGAAUGGAGAAUGGGUUUAGGGUGUACAACGCAGACCCACUCAAAGAGAAAGAAAAACAAGAGUUCAUGGAGGGCGGGGUCAGCCAUGUGGAGAUGCUGUUCAGGUGUAACUACCUAGCGCUGGUCGGAGGAGGGAAGAAGCCCAAAUACCCACCUAACAAAGUGAUGAUCUGGGAUGACCUGAAGAAAAAGACGGUUAUAGAAAUUGAGUUCUCCACGGAGGUGAAAGCAGUGAAGCUUCGAAGGGACAGGAUCGUUGUGGUCCUGGACUCAAUGAUCAAAGUGUUCACGUUCACCCACAACCCUCAUCAGCUGCAUGUGUUUGAGACCUGCUAUAACCCCAAAGGUCUGUGUGUACUGUGUCCCAACAGUAACAACUCUCUCCUGGCGUUCCCGGGCACCCACUCUGGGCAUGUGCAGAUCGUGGACCUGGCCAACACAGAGAAGCCUCCGGUGGACAUCCCCGCCCAUGAGGGGGCGCUGUGCUGCAUCGCCCUCAACCUGCAGGGAACCAGGAUAGCCACCGCCUCCGAGAAAGGGACCCUGAUCAGAAUAUUUGACACCAUGGCAGGUCACCUGAUUCAGGAGUUGAGGCGGGGGUCACAGGCCGCUAACAUCUACUGCAUCAACUUCAACCAGGACGCGUCCCUCAUCUGUCUGUCUAGUGACCAUGGUACAGUCCACAUAUUCGCUGCAGAGGACCCCAAGAGGAACAAACAGUCCAGCUUAGCCUCGGCCAGUUUCCUUCCUAAGUACUUCAGCUCCAAGUGGAGCUUCUCCAAGUUCCAGGUUCCAUCAAAUUCGCCGUGUGUGUGUGCCUUUGGAACAGAACCCAACUCUGUCAUAGCCAUUUGUGCUGACGGCAGCUACUACAAGUUCCUGUUCAACCCGAAGGGGGAGUGUUCCCGAGACGUCUACGCCCAGUUCCUGGAGAUGACUGAUGAGAAGAUCUGACCUUUAACCCAGACUCCUCCUGCAGACAGACAGACGUGUGUUUAUUUUCUGGAGCAGGAGGACAAGGGGGGAUGGACAGAAGGAGGUUAGGUGUCUCUGCUCACCCAGUGCUGAUAGACUCUCAAUGGAGGGAAGGAGAGAGGGAGACCACCUUAGAAACGACAAGACGGAUGGAGGGAGCGAUGAAUGAAGUCAAUGUCCUCUCUGACACAAACUACUUAUUGACCAUCCUUGAACAACUAGCGAAGGACAGACAGAUGGACAGACUGUCACCUGGACCUUGUUGUCCUGCUACUCUGAGAACCAAACAGGGAAAUGUAUUUUUGUUGCUUUUUAAAGAUGUCUUCCUUGGAAUUUACAAUGAUCGGUCGAUUAUUCUGGUUAUUUUUUUUAAAGGCGUAUAGCGUUGAUUCCAAUAGGUAGAUACAUAGAAAAAUAAAUAUUGUAAACUAACACCACCUAAUCUAACUAUAGGGAGUGCCUCUGAGCUGAAUCAAUAUUGGAGUGUGUAUAUACUCGCAUAUGUGCCUUCAGGAAGUAUUCAUAACCCUUGACUUAUUCUUCAUUUUGUUGUUACAGCCUGAAUUCAGAAUGUAUUAAAUAUAUAUUUUUUUGCACACAUCUACACACAAUACCUCAUCAUGACUAAGUGAAAACAUGUUUUUAGAAAUGUUUGCAUAUAUAUAUAUAUAUAUAUAAAUGAAAUGAAAUGAAAUGCAGACAUAUCUUUGUAAAAGCACCUUUGGCAGUGAUUACAGCUGUGAGUCUUUCUGGGUAAGUUUCUAAGAGCUUUCCACACCUGGAUUGUGCAACAUUUGCCCGUUAUUCGUUUUCAAAAUGUUUCAAGCUCUCAAAUUGGUUGUUAAUUGUCGCUAGACAACCAUUUUCAGGUCUUGCCUUAGAUUUUCAAGUAGAUUUAAGUCAAAACACUAACUCAGCCACUCAGUAACAUUCACUGUCUUCUUGGCAAGCAACUCCAGUGUAGAUUUGGCCUUGUGUUUUGAGUUAUUGUCCUGCUGAAAGGUGAAUACAUCUCCCAGUGUCUGCUGGAAAGCAGACUGAACCAGUUUUCCUCUGGGAUUUUGCCUGUGCUUAGCUCUAUUCUGUUAAGUUUUUUUAUCCUGAAAAACUCCCCAGUCCUUAACAAUUACAAUCAUAGCCAUACCAUGAUGCAGCCACCACUAUGCUUGAAAAUAUGGAGAGUGGUACUCAGUAAUGUGUUAUGCUUGGGGCAAAUCCAACACUUUGUAUUCAGGACAAAAAUGUAAUUGCUUUACCACAUGUUUUGCAGUAUUAAUUUAGUGUCUUGUUACAAACAUGAUGCAUGUUUUGGAAUAUUUGUAUUAUCUACAGGCUUCCUUAUUUUCACUCUGUCAAUUAGGUUAUUAUUGUGGAGUAACUGCUAUGUGUUUGAUCCAUCCUCAGGAGAACACUAUCACAGCCAUUAAACUCUGUAACUGUUUUAUAGUCACUAUUAGCCUCAUGGUGAAAUCCCUGAGCAGUUUCCUUUCUCUCUGGCAACUGAGUUAGUGACUGGGUGUAUUGAUACACUAUCCAGAGUGUAAUUAAUGACUUCACCGUGCUCAAAGGGAUAUUCAAUGACUGCUUUUUUAAAUUUGUACCCAUCUACCAAUGGGUGCCCUUCUUUACAAGGCAUUAGAAAACCCCCCUGGUCUUUGUGGUUGAAUCUGUGUUAUAAAUUCACUGCUCAACCUUACAAUUAUCUGUAUGUGUGGGGUACAGAGAUGAGGUAGUCAUUUCAAAAUCAUGUUAAACACUUAUUGCACACAGAGCGAGUCUGCAACUUACAAUGUGACUAAAGCACAUUUUUACUCCUAAAAGUAUGUAGGCUUGCCAUAACAAAAUGUUUGAAUGCUUAUUGACUCAAGACAUUUCAGUUUUCAUUUGUAAUUAAUUUGUCAAAAUGUCCACUUUCACAUUUUGGGUUAUUGUGGUUAAGCCAGUGACAAAAAAAAUCUCAAUUGAAUAAAUGUUUUAUUCUGGUUGUAACACAAAAUGUGGAAAAAAAUCAAAGGGUAUGAAUACUUCCUGAAGGCACUGUACAUAUGCAUAUUUGGGUGGGAUUUCACAAAGUGAGAUCUUUGAGUUAGCCAGAUGGGUAAACACUUAGAAAUAGAUCUUUCUUCCUACAGUUGAAGAAAUGAGUCACCCGUUAAGGGGUGGCAGGUAGCUUAGUGGUUAGAGCAUUGGGCCACUAACCGAAAGGUGGCUGGAUCGUAGCCCUGAGCCGACAAGGUAAAAAUAUGUUGUCCUGCCCCUGGACAAGACAAGACCCUGUUCCCCAGUAGGACGUCAUUGUAAAUAAGAAUUUGUUCUUAACUGACUUGCCUAGUUACAUUUUUAAAAAAGUUCCUAUUUUUAUAUGAUUUUUUUAUCCUGAUUUACAGUGGUUUAUCUGGUUAACCUCAGGGAUUCCUCUUGGUGAAACCUCACCCUGGUAGAGUUUUCAAUCGCUGUAUAAACACAAUGAAUGCGCCAGACUGAACAUAUGUAACUUAUUCCAUAUAGACCGUAGAGAGUAGAAGAAGAGAUCUCAUGGUGAUGAAUGUUUUGCUUUUCCUGACAUUUCAUGUUGUAGCUUACUAUGUAUAUAUGUAUGUGUAAUAUCCUCCUUGUGGAGAGGGAAUAUAUUAGUUACAACUAGUUAGUACCUAUAAAGCACUGAUUUGGGGCUAGAUUCAAUCCCAUCGUCCCUUUUCGGGCUAUGCACCUUUUUUAAAGGCAAUGUUUCCGUGUUCAAGGAGACCGCAUUCGUGGUAAAUCCUGCAUAUGUCGGCUCAAUCGGAAAUGAAUGUCAAUCGCGCUAUAACGCAGCUCUUCCGCGGUACGGAUUGAAUCUAGGCUCAAACGCUUUGAUCUUUACAUUGAGUUUUGAGCAUAAUCAAACUCGGCAACUUGGAUCAGUCUCAGAUGAUUUUCAAUGACGUAUAUCUUCCUAAUUCUUUCAAAGAAACCAAUGUUUCUCAUACAUCCGUUCAUGAAUGAAUACAACCGUUUUCCCAGAACCAAGCCUUCCCGGUCAUUGUGGAAACUGCUGCAAUAUUCUGCCGUGAUCAAUUUGCAUUUCCACCCUCUUUGCUUACAUUUAAAAAAUCUGCUUUCAAGAUUAAAUGAAAGUCUUACGAGUGACACAUUCUAGCUGAAUUAAACCAAAAUUCACUUCCUUGUGUGACUGAAUGUGCACCCAUUCCUUUUUGUUGAGGUUUAAUUGGCUGGUGUAGUUUGCCUCUUGAAGAGAGAACUCUCUUCUGCUUGCUCACUAGGGCCAGCUUGAGCAAGCUUCUGCAUAAAUGAUCUGAUCUACAAAUGAUGGUAACAUUUGUGGAUCUACAAGCAGUAUUGACUUUAGAGCCUAUCUCAUGUUUGUCACAGUAUCCGGUCCAGCUUUUUGGCCCAUGUAUGUGACCUUACAAUGCAGUACUACAAUGUAUUUUUCUGUAUAUUUCGGAUUUGUCCGACGCACAUUUCUCUUUCAGUUUGAAUUCGAUGGGAACCGCUCUCUGAAUGCAUUUCAUUUGUUGCAUCCAGCUCUGAUUGUACAUGUCAGGGGAAUUUAAUCCCAACACACUUCACAAUGUGAAGAACCCCCCCCCCCCCCCCACACACACACACACAACACUAUGCUGCCAUUUAUCUACAUGUGGACGCGGCACAAACUCCUGUUUAUGUGACACAUUCAAAAUGAUUGUAAAAUCCUGCAUUUAAAUUUGUAAAUAAAACGUAAUGUCCGUAUGGACAUUUGUACAUGA